UCUUUCUUUGCACAACAUGGAGAAACUCUACGUAAAAUUCUUCUCUCUGGUGUUGUCGGGUCUCUUCUUUUCUGGAGUGACUGGUCCCAAUGGAACUACUACUGGAGCGACAACCGCACAGCAAACAACUAUCUCGACCAUCACACCAAGUGCAAUGCAAGAUUCUACUUGGACAACAACCACAUUAACGACUGCACUACAAACAACUGAACCGACCACAUUGGCCGCUCAGCAAGAUUCUACUUGGACAACAACCACAUUAACGACUGCACUACAAACAACGGAACCGACCACAUUGGCCGCUCAGCAAGGUUCGUCAUCAUGUGAGGCACCUCUGGACCUGUUCUUCCUCCUUGAUGGCUCUGGCAGUGUAAACGCUGCAAACUUCGCUAAGGUGAAGCAGUUUGCGGUUAAUGUUGUCAACACCUUCGACAUCAGCCCGACUGCCACCAGGGUCGGUGUUGUACAGUAUUCUGACAGGAACUCCCUGGUGUUUAACCUGGGUAACAAAGUGAACAAACCGUCUACCGUCAGCGCCAUUAACGGCAUCUCCUACCAGUCAGGCGGCACGAAUACCGGGGCUGCUCUAAAGUACGUCCGUCAGUACGCAGCAUGGAGGGAAGGAAAUGUUCCGAAAGUAAUAAUCGUGUUGACGGACGGGAAAUCAAGUGACUCCGUGUCGGGACCCUCUCGGGAUCUGGUCGCCGCUGGUGUUGAGGUGUACGCCAUCGGUGUUGGCAAAUUCGAUCAUGGACAACUCCUACAGAUUGCCAACAACAAACAGAACAACGUGAUUGAGCUGAACAAUUUCAACGCCCUCGCCACAAAGAUUGACAUGAUUUCCACAAAUGUCUGCUCAUAUGCGUUACACGUACCAACACCUGCAAAUGAACUGUCAGCUUCCACCACCUGCACCAACGACUUCAUGGAGCUGUCGAUUCCUGAGGAUCAACUGACUGACAUCAACCUGGGGAACCUUCACUGGGAGCCUGACCAGAACUGUGGUGCUUCAACUAACGGCACACACUACAUUUUCCGUACAGACCUGUACCGCUGUGGCACUCAGGUAGUGUGUACUAAUAAGUGCAGUGUAAACCGCACUAUGGCGUAA